AUGGAUCAGUGCGAGAUUUACUCAACUCGAGGUAGCGCCUUGGAAUCAGCAGUCACUUUACCUAGAAGCCAUGGAAAACUCAAACGGGACCAAGGGGAACUCAUGGAUGAUGCUGUAAAACUUGCUGCUAUUAAAAUUUCACGACAGUCACAACCACCAGAUUCAGAUGGUCUAACUGUAAUAAACACAUGUGAAACAAAUGCCAUGAGUGUUUUACCUCGUCUACUUCGAACUAUGACAAACAGAAAUUCUCAGACAGCUAAUGAUAAUCGAUCUGCCGUUGAAAAUAAUCAAAUCUCAAAUGGUGAAUUAUGCUUUUCAGUGUCUGUCCCUGGACCAACUGUCAACGAUAGUGAUUCUUCAUCUUCUUCCUCUUCUUUUAUGUCAACUCCAUCUUCCGGUUCAUCAUUGAUUUCGUUUCUUUCUCCUGGACAUUUAGGACCUGUUGCUGCUAUGGCCGCUGUAGCGUUGUCAACUGCUGUAACUACAAUGUCCGUAAAUGAUAUUCAAGAAUCUUCAGGUCUAGUGACUUUAGCAACUGCUAGUAGCCUAAUUGAAAAAGAAUGGCGUGCACGUGCUUCGGUUGUUAAUAAUAAUGGAAGUGUAAAUAAUGCAAAAGAAAAUGCUGAAACUACACUUACUGUCCAACAUCAUACUGAUUUAUUAACAUCUACUAUUCAAGGAAAUAUUGAUAGAAAUCAACAAUUCUCUUUGGAUGGUUCACCAUCUUUAGUAAUUGGUGCUUUAAAUACUUCAUCAUCACAGUCCUUAUUAAAUGAAUCGACCCCAGUGACUAGAGCUGUGUUGAACGUUCAAAGUUUAGCAGCUUUUAUUCGUGAAACUCAGAAACAAUGCUCCAUAUCCAGUCCAACCACAUCUAUUGAACUACCUCUAACGUCAGUUUUCCCUCUUCAAACUGAAACAAAAUUAACUUCUUCGUGUUCUGUCAGGCAAGUUGCUUCACCUUCCUAUCUUUUACCUGCUGCAUCCACUCCAUCUUUUCUUUCAAUGAAUCCGGUCCCACAAAAUCUUCCAACCGUUUUAGAACAGCCUUUACAUUCAGAAUCAGUAGCAGUAAAUCAUAAUACUCAUCCAUCACCACCUAUUCAAUCAACUGCAUUCAUAUCUUUACAACCUGCACCAGGUUCUUUAAUUAGUCCUUCUGAUUUACAACAGCUUGUAGCAAGUGGGGAAUUCAUGUCCUCAGCAGCUCGGCAAACUUUACUUGGUCAGUCUUCUGAUGGAUCUACACGACAACUUUAUCUGCUCGUACCAAGUGACUGUCCUGUAAUUAUGCCAAGAGUUUCAAAUAACCAACCAACUAUGACUCCUAUUCUACCAUCUACAUCUCCUUUGAUUGAAUCUAUUCCCACAAGUGCCCAAUAUUGGAAGCUAUAUCCCCAGGUGUAG